AUGGGGAUAUGGGAUAGGGCCAGGGCGUGGGUGGGGUAUAUAGAUGAAAUCAGAUUAGCUGUUGGAGUCACUUGCCCGCUGCCAGCACUUUCACCUUCUAGUCUGUACCCCACCAGCUUCAGCACCUUGGCCCAGAACAAUGUUGAAGUAGCUGUGCAAGGGAUUUCUGGAGGAAUCAGGCAGCCCCUUUUGCUUUUGUUGGAGAACAGCCCCUUAGUGAGCCACCUGACCCUCUACAAUAUCUCUCAUACACCUGGAGUGGCCACAGAUCUGAGCCACAUCAAGACCAGAACAACUGUGAAAGGCUACUUUGGACCUGAACAGCUGCCAGACUGCCUGAAAGGGUGCGAUGUGGUGGUUAUUCCAGCGGGAAUCCCCAGGAAACCAGGCAUGACUCAGGAUGACCUGUUCAACACCAGUGCCAUAAUUGUGGCCCUUGUGACUGCUGCCUGUGCCCAGCAUUGCCCUGAAGCUAUGAUCUGCAUUAUCACCAGUCCGGUUAACCACCAUCCCAGUCACAACAGAAUUUUCAAGAAACAUGGAGUAUACGACCCCAAUAAAAUCUUUGGUGUGGCAACCCUGGACAUCAUCAGAGCCAACACCUUUGUUGCUGACCUUAAGGGUUUGGAUCCAGCUCGAGUCAAUGUCCUUGUUAUUGGUGGCCAUACUGGGAAGACCAUCAUCCCAAUCUCUCAGUGCACCCCCAAGGUGGACUUUCCCCAGGACCAGCUGACAGCGUUCUCUGGGUGGAUCCAGGAGGCCGGCAUGGAGGUGAUGAAGGCUAAAGCUGGUGCAGCCUCUGCCAUCCUCUCCAUGGCAUAUGCUGGUGCCUGGUUUGUCUUCUCCCUUGUGGAUGCAAUGAACAGAAAGGAAGGAGUUGCUGAAUGUUCCUUUGUUAAGUCACAAGAAAUAGACUCUGCCUAUUCCACACCGCUGCUGCUAGGGGAAAAGGUCAUUGAGAAGAACCUAGGCAUCCACAAAGUCUCAUCUUUCAAAGAGAAGAUGAUUGCCAAGGCUAUUCCUGAGCUGAAGGCCUCAGUCAAGAAAGGAGACUUUAUGAAGAACAUGAAGUGAGAAGCAGUUGAGAGCAACCAGUUUCCUUAAUUUAUUAAGGCACCAUGUCACCGUAAAGCCAUUUCAGAUACCUUUGUAUUUUAAUUCAUUUUGAUGAUGAUUAUUAAUGCAUCAUCCCUUCCAAAUUGUGGGUGAGUCUAUUGGCAUGUCAAUAAAAGCAGCUGUGACACAGUGGUGCAAACAACUGGAGAUGCAUGGCACAUACCAUAUGUGACGAAAACCUGGUGGAAAGAUAUUCCUAUGAAAUACCAACCAAAUGGCACUUAGAUUUCCUUUUUAAAAAAAUCAGAUUAGCAAUGAGUUGAUAAUGAUUGAAGCUAGGUGAUGGGUACAUGGGAGUUCAUUAUACCAUUUCUCUACUUUUGUAUAUAGUUGCCCCUUAGUAUCUGUGGGGGAUUGGUUCCAGGACAUCCCUCAGAUACCAAAGUCCUCAGAUGCUCAAACCCCUUAUAUAAAAUGAUGUAGUAUUUGCAUAUAACCUACACACAACCUCCUAUAUACUUUAAGUCAUCUCUAGAUUAUUUAUAAUACCUAAUACAAGGUAAAUACUACACAAAUAGUUGUUUUUGUAUUGUUUAGGGAAUAAAAUCUAUGCAUGUUCAGUACAGAUGUAAUUUUUUAAAAAUAUUUUUGA